AGGUGUGUCAACAAAAACAUUAUAAAUUAUUUAAAAGAUCAGUUCGGAAACACAACCGGAGUCCUAAAUCUCGAUUGAAUAAUCAACUACAGUAUAAAAAUUUAUAUGAAACUAUGUUUAAUUCAUUUAUUAACGAUUCCCGUUACGCAGACAUCAUUGUUUAUACAUUUAUUUAAAUUGAUACCGCCUGAGUUUUAAAUCUACUGAGUAGUUACAUUGUCUGAUAGUCGGACGUUUACUGUGUUUAGUUACAAUGCGUAUUUUAAGAAAUGUUAUCAAAAAUAUUGUUUGCAAUAACUUGCUCAGCCGUCGUUACAUUCAUAGCAGCAUGUAAGUGUCAAAUUUCUGUAAACAGUACUAAGUGUAAUUUAAUAUUAUCUUGGAACAAGGUAAUGAAUGAGAGCAAAUUUAUUCUUUAUGGUGAUGAGAAAUCACCUCCCGUAAGAUUCGUUUUAAUGACAGCUUCAGUCUUAGGAGUUGAUUUACACUUUCAAAAAGUAGACCUAUUUAAAAAUGAACAUAGAAGCGAAUCUUAUAGAAAGAUAAAUCCACUUCAAAAAGUACCAGCCAUGGUUACAGAGAGUUCUACAAUUUGUGAUAGUCAUGCUAUCUCACUGUAUCUUUGCGAAGUGGCGGGUCUACACGGGUUGCAACUUUACCCUGCAGAUAUUCGGACACGAUCUGUUAUUAAUGAGCUGCUGUUUUUUAAUUCCAGUACUUUAUUCAGACUUGAUAGUGAAAUAAUGACUAUGUUUUUUGCUGGAAAUUGGCCUCCCACUGAGGUGAAAAUGGAAGAAUGGAAUAAAGCUUUAGAUUAUCUUGAACAUCGUUUAAAAAAAACGUCAUGGCUGGCUGGUGAAAAAAUGCUAUUAUGCGAUAUCUGUGCCGUGACUGUGGUGACAUCUGUACUUCCACUUUUUCCACUAACAAAAAGACAUUUUAAAGUUAAUAAAUGGAUUAGUCAGUUUGAAAAUGUUGCUUGUUAUGGAAUAAAUAAACGCGGUUUGUCUGAUUUAAGUUUUAAUAUUGAAUCUUAUAAAAAACUCUAUGGCUUUAACUAAGUCAAACAUUUUUAUACAAUUUUUUCUUUGGAAACUGAGAAAUAAAUUUGCUUGACAAAAUUAUUAUAA